AUGUCUAUCGUACUAUCAGCCACGAUCGCUAUUGCUUUCGCUGCAUUUGCCAUAAUUUACGCCACCCGUUGGCAUCUGGGAAGGAAGAACGCGAGACCUCUUCCCCCGGGCCCAAAGGGCCUCCCGAUUCUUGGAAAUGUCAACGAUAUGCCCAAAUCCGGCAUGCUGGAGUGCCACCACUGGCUACGACACAAGGAUAUCUAUGGUCCCCUUAGUUCCGUCACAGUGCUAGGGCAGACUUUCAUCAUCAUUAACGACCCUGAGAUCGCAUUCGAGCUGUUGCGCGAUCGCUCAGCGAUUCAUUCUUCGAGACCUAGCCAGACCUUUAGUGGUGACAUCACGAACGUUUCCGUGUCCGUGUUUGAUAAAGCGCAAGAGACGGAAGCCGCGCACUUCCUGCUCAACCUUCUAGAGUCGCCCGACAAGCUCUUUGAUCAUAUACGAAAAGAGGCGGGCAGUGUCAUUCUCAAGAUCACCUACGGCUACACUGCUGUCGCCAAUGGCAACGACCCUUUCGUUGAUAUGGCCGCCAAGACUAUGGAGCAGUUCGCCGAUGCUACAGUUCCUGGGAAGUGGUCGGUAGACAUCUUCCCAUUCUGUACGGGGUUCAAAGACACGGCGAGACGAAUGGCGGCGCAGCUCAGCCAAUGCACGAAUCAACCGUAUGAGUUCGUGAAGAAGCAAAUGAGAGAGAAGAGGCAUUCGCCGUCUUUCUUGUCGCAAUGCAUUGAAGGUCUCGGUUCGGAUGCUGAGAUGGAGUUUGUUCAUAAGUGGACUGCAUUGGCGCUCUACCUGGGCGGUGCUGAUACGACCGUGUCCUCCAUCAUGACCUUCUUUCUUGCCAUGACUGUCUUCCCGGAAGUUCAAAAGAAGGCCCAAGAAGAGCUAGAUCGCGUUAUUGGCGGAGGCCGGCUACCCGUCAGUAAAGAUCGCGAGAGCCUUCCUUACAUCGAGGCAAUCAUGAAGGAGACACACCGCUGGCACCUCGUCGCACCAAUGUGUCUUCCACAUUGCAGCACCGAAGAAGACACCUGCCGCGGCUAUCGCAUUCCGAAAGGCUCCAUCCUGCUACCCAACAACUGGCAUUUUACGCACGACCCCGAAGUCUACCCCGAACCGAUGGUCUUCAGACCAGAACGUUUCCUCGAAACACCCACUCAUAAGAGUGAGCCUGACCCUAGAAACUUCAUCUUCGGAUAUGGUCGCCGCAUCUGCCCGGGCCGAUACGUGGCGGAUAACGCGCUCUUCAUUACCAUCGCCCAGACUCUCGCGGUGUUUGACAUCACCAAGUCCGUUGAUGGAGAUGGUCGCGUUGUGGAGCCGGAGGUGAAGUUUGAGCCGGGAGCGAUCAGUCACCCUGUGCCAUACCGUUGUUCGAUCAAACCGCGAUCGGAGGAUCAUAAGCGGUUGAUCAAGGCUUCAGAGCAGUUGUUUCCUUGGGAGGAAAGCGACGCUAAAGAGCUGGAAAAUAUCAGCUGGUAA